CCGCGCACCAAUGAAAAUGCGAUGCCGAAGCUCAGCUGGCAGGCAGGUAAACACAGUGACGGGAUGAUCUUCUGAGUGACAGUUUUACCAUCGAUAAUCGCGUCCGAUGACACAAUUAUAUUUUCGCCUAAACGAGCAAUAAUUCGGACAAUAAUCUACAAACAAACCACUCGUUACGUGUGAUUGAACAUUAUCCGCAAAACUGAUUUUCCCGGGGCCGGUUGUGAUUGCUGAGGAAACGAGGCGCUUAUACUCGAACCUGUGUCGACAAUGUAAAUCAAUUGUUUCUAAUAUCAGUGCAGUUUCUUGGAAUACCCCGUCGACAAGAGGCUAUUCAAAGAUGAAGCUUCACGAAAAAAAAGAGUCGGGUAUUCACCGCGUGCAGGAAGUCGCCCUCGAGGACUUGGACCUCACUAAGGAGUACAACGUGGAGAAGACGCUGGGCGAGGGUAGCUUCGCGAAGGUGCUUCUGGCAAGGCACAAGCGAACGCAAACCCGGGUUGUCCUGAAAGCUGUUCACCAGGAGUUGACGUCGGAGAAGGACUUCUACAGGGAAUUCCACUACUCGUAUCAUCUGAGCCCACACCCGAACAUCCUGAGCUCGUACGCAGUGGCCUUCAGAGCCGAGAACUGCUACGUCUUCGCCCAGGAGUACGCGCCGUUUGGCGACCUCUCGGGGAACGUUAAGGCCGGGGGACUGUCCGAGGACGUGUGCAAAAGAAUCGGAGGUCAGCUGGCAUCGGCGCUUGAUUUCCUACACUCCAAACAGCUGGCGCACCGCGACGUAAAGCUGGAGAACAUCCUGGUAUUCACGCACGACAUGUCGAAGAUAAAGCUCUGCGACUUUGGGUGCACCAAGAAGGAGGGAACCCUGGUGAACAGGAUACGAUGCACGUGGGUGCCGUUUUUACCACCGGAAGUCUACGAGGUGAUAAAGAACGAGCGGUACACCUGCAAGCGCAGCGCCGACUGCUGGCAGUUCGGGAUUGUGCUCUUCGUUUGCCUGACCGGAAACCCACCAUGGCAGAGCGCGGACCUUAUCCAGGACCCCGACUACUCGGCCUUUCAGCGUUGGCUCAAGCGAAGGACGACCAAGAUCCCCGCUACGUUCAGGCGUUUCACACCCCGGCUGCUCCGGUACUUCAGGCGGACAUUCGAGCACAAGCCCGAGAAGCGGGCGAACGUCACCGAGAUCAACAAGUACCUGAAGGACUCCUGGUGCGUCAACAAGCUCAGCCAUAGCGCUACAUCCACUUCCGUCGACGUUAGCGAGAGCCUUGCGAGGCGGGGCGACAGUCUGCUUUACCUCGAUACGCUCGUCGACGACAAGAACAACAUCGACGAGAACAAGAACAAACUGAGGAAACUGCUCAACAGCUACGGCCUCGAGACCACCGUCGAUCAAAAGGUCGUCACCAAGCGGAUCUGGGAGUGGGUCAUGCAGUGCGACUCCAAUAUCGGUGAGCCCGGGCUGAUCGGCGGACUGAACUCCGAGCCCAUGUGAGUGCUGGCUGGGCCAUCGAGAUCGGUCAGCGAACCCAGCCUCAGGGUUGACGCGAAGGUGCCUGUGAUCGAGUCGAGUCGUAACGUGCGCGAACGGCAGAGAUUCGUUGUUGCCAGUCUGGGCAGAACGAAAAUCAAGUACCACAAGUACGUCGAGGGGUAUCAGAGCACAAUUGCUCCAGCGAAUUUGUCGCUACAAAACUUGGUAUAUAUGUAGUUUUUAACAGCUGUCAAUUAUGCGUGGUAGGGGACGAGUGAGUCGUCUAUUACUACAGCUUGAUAGUUACGAUCGAUUAAAAUUGCUGGGUUGGCGAACGUGCCGCGAGUUAUUCGAAGUGAUCCGAAUUGGGUCGAACCGUGAGUGACACGUGACUCAAGUAUGAGUGAAUUUCAAAAGCGGAAUUUUCAGUUCUCCUGCUUCCAGCCUAGAUGGAAUUGUGACCAAACUGUUCUUGCCGUCAUUCUGUUGAGCAGAAAAAAACGCGCUGUAGCCAAUUAGGUCUGGACUUAAGCUUACCUUCGAAAUAAAAUCGCUAGUGUGUCAAUGGCGGCCAUCUUGUUUCACCUUCCAGCUUCUAAAUUCGCUCGGAAAAAUUUGAGAAACAUUGCUUUCCACCCCGUGAGCCAAAUUUUUACCAAACGCCAAACAUUCGAACCGAUAAAUUGAAGUAGAUGUCAGUAACAAUGAUGUAGCACCACUUCGUCGUUACUAUUGAUAAGUCAACAGGAGUUUUUUUGGUAGCUCCGGUCGUUUGCCAAACUAUGCAUCUUUGAAUAACGAAAUACAAAAGUAGAUGCGUGAAUGACGGUUUGAUGUUACGAGUAGAAUUGCACCAACGUUCAAUUAUACUUUUAAAAUUAUUGUACAUAGAUAUUACGAACUUGGUUGACUCUGCAUCGGAUGAUGAAGUCUUCUCACGCGUGAAUCGUCUUGCGACACCGCGAUGAGAAUGGUUAUUAUUUUUAAUGAAAUGAUGGGAACAUUCCCACUUUUCCUCGUGUAUUCUUCACUUCCUCGGCCGAAUGAACAAACAGGUAUUUUUGUCAAUGUAUUAAAAGUCCGGCGUCUAAGGAACGCGUACCUACCGACGUCGGACUGAUAGAGACAAUAAAUAACAUUUCCAUGAAAUUUACUUUCUAAGAUGAUAAUAGAUAUAAAUGAUAACAUUGAUAAUCGUAUUGAUACAAUAUAACAUUAAUAAGCGUAGUCACGGCAAUGAUAAUAAUCGUCGCGUUAGUGUACAGAAAUAUUUGUGGUAGUAGCGGUAUUUUAUUAGAAAUCGUUUAAUCGUCAACAAUCAAAAUUCCACAAACACAGCAACAAUUUUCGACAUGCAAAUGCUUUACACACGCAAGGCUUCGAUCCUCAAUCAUCCGACUCUACGGAAAUUAAAUAAAAUAAAACAGAAAAAUAGAGGGGGACAAGGUUAGGCAAGAGUGAAAAAAUAAAAGGAAAUCGAUAUGUUUUCAUUCGAUUUUUUUUUUUUUUUGUUAAAAAAAUUCACCCUGUCAAGUUAACGGUGACUUUUACACGUACAUGACUCUAAAACUGAUACACUACACGAUGAUUUAGAAGCUAUAAUACACGUUACCCACUGAAAGCAGAGUAUUACUAUAACUGUGCGAGUAGCGUAUUCGUAUAGGAAAAGUGUCUAAUAGAGCCAAAUAUGGUAGAAAAAGAAGCGAAGAAAAAUUAUUUGGCAAUUGCGUCAAGUGCGAUAAAUUAAGGCGUGCAUUUAUAGCCAGAACAAUGGCGACUUCCUCGCCUUACAUAUAUUCUUGUAGUAAUUUACGAUGCCCUUAGGAAUUAGGCAAUAUAUAAUACAUGUAUAUUCAUGUACGAUAUAUACAGCAUAUAUAUAUAUAUGUGUGUAUAGACUAUAGACACAUGCGGUAGCGUGUAUAUUACAUAUUUAUAUACAUGUAUAUAAAUGAUAUAUGUUUAGGAAUCAUAUAAGUUUAAAAAACGGUGUAUAUAAUUAAUUGUGAACGAUAAAUUAUUGAUACGCGAGUGUAUGAAUACGUAGACGUAUAUAAAGACGGUGAUUAAUCAAAUUCGGGGACUUGUCGCAUUUGUUAAUCAAAAAUUGAUCCGCGCAUAAAUGUGUAGAUGCAAAAGUCAAACGAUAGAUAAAGAGUAAUGAAACUGCUGCAAUUCACGGAAAAAACCGUGAGCUUGAACAAUGUCCUUGGACUAUGUUUAUAUACGUGUAUCGUAUUUCAUGUUGCAUAUGAGAAUCACGUGUGGUAUACGUAUUAAUUUGUUACUUCGGUCGAGUGAAAUUGAAUUCUGGUGCACUUGUAGAUUGAAUGGGAUUCUAGUCAGGUAUGUUAAUGUGACUAGCUGAUAGCGGAAGUGAUAUACAUAUAUAUGCACUUACAGCGAGGAAAUGGGUUAUUUAUAAUCGUAGCGAUAAUUUAAUUUACAACUAUUGUUUAGCCAUAAUUCAUUCAUUCGUUCAUUCAUUCAUUCAAUCACUUAUUCUAUAUUGAUCGAUGAAUCAUUCAAUUUAUUCAUCGCGCAGUGAUUUCUCGCUGUGAGAAACGUAGGAAUAAAUCGAAUUCGCAACUGGCACGUUUCUAUAUUUAUACGUUUAUAUAGAAGCGAAGUGAGCAUAUGUUUAGAUACUUUGUGUAUAAUAUUGUUUGAUAACAUCAGAUAUUAAAAAAAGAUAAACAGCUGGUUGCCAUCCGACGACUUGGCCUUAUCCUAAAACUAUAAGUAAGAUAAUGUACAGUGUGUACGUCACGAUAAACUAUUAAACGAGAUUAGUGGUCUGACAA